CGGAGUUGCAGGUCUGAUCAACCAGGCAUCGAAGCUGACCGACUUGCUACUCGGUCUCUGCAAUGCGGCUCCUCCCUCGCGCUCAGUCACGACGAUGCGCAUGGCGAAGGAUUUCCGAGAACUGGCCCGGUGCACCCCGCUGGACAUCAUCAUUCCGCUGCAGAGCAGCUUGGCGCCGACGCUUCCGGACACAGUCUCGCAGCGGCGCCGAGUAUGAGCUCGCGCUAUCAUCGGCGCGAGCCGGCGCCAGCGCUGCUGCCGGCGGCAAUGCGCAGACAGCCUCGCAGCAGGCGAUGCUGCACCAGCCAUUUUCCGGAGACUUGCCAACGAUCAGCAGCUUUGCCGAUGAAGUCGAGGUCAUGCAUUCGCUGCAGCGGCCGAAGAAGAUUGUGAUCGUGGGCAGCGACGGCCGCAACUACCGGUUCCUGUGCAAGCCCAAGGAUGACCUGCGCAAAGAUGCGCGUCUCAUGGAGUUCAAUGCGAUGAUCAACCAGCUACUGCAGGCGAACUCGCAGACGCAGAAGCGCAACCUCCGUAUCCGCACGUACAUGGUAGUCCCGCUGAACGAGGAGUGCGGGCUGAUCCAGUGGGUCGGCCCUACGACAGGCAUUCGCCAGAUUCUGAUGAAGCUGUACAAGGCGCAUGGUGUCAAGGCCAUUUUGGACAAGACAAGCCCGUCGCCUGAGGAGCUGUUUAACUCCCAGCUGCUGCCAAUGUUCCCGUCGGUGAUGCACGAGUGGUUUUUGCAGUCACCAGCAGCAGUGAUGUCGAUUGUCGGAUAUAUCCUCGGGCUUGGCGACCGCCACUGCGAGAACAUUUUGCUGGACGAAGGCUCGGGCGAUGCGGUCCACGUCGACUUCAACUGCUUGUUCGAGAAGGGCCUCUCGCUGGAGAAGCCCGAAAAGGUUCCCUUCCGGCUGACGCACAACAUGGGCACGUUCCGCAAGACCUGCGAGAUGACGCUGCGGCUGCUGCGCGAGCACCGCGAUGCGCUGAUGUCGGUGCUUGAGGCAUUUGUGCACGACCCGCUGGUCGAAUGGUCGAGGCGCACGCGGGGACACGUCGACGAGCUGAUUCGCGAGGCAACUGAUCCAAAGCGGCUGUUUCAGAUGUAUAUUGGCUGGGCAGCCUACAUGUAG